CACUCACAUGUUCUGCCAUUGGCCAUUUGGAGUUUAGUUCUUUCUCAUUUCCUUCUUUACCGCAUUGUGCUUUGGCUUAAAUUUCAAAAACUUCCACUUUCUAGAUGAAGAUGCAUCUGCUCUAUUCCUUAAAGCCCAACAUAUUUCCCCACAGGUGCUAAAAAAAAAAAAAAAAGUAUUCAACUUCAGUUCUUUUACAAGCCUGUUCCUAAUUACAAAAGGAGUUGUUUUCUCUCCAGUGUAGAAGGUCUUCUUCAUCCAAGUAUCUGAGACAUGCAGGAGGAAGAAACAUACACUUCUCUGCAAUGGGACAAUCUGACACAAAACAUCUAUCAGAAACACCAGUCUUCUACCAAAUAUUCAGGAACAUGGUGUCUGCUGAUAGCGGUUUUAUGUAUAGUCUUCAUAGGCUCCUCAGCAGCCUCCAUUUUCUUGGGUUUCAAGUCUCAGACUCAAAACCCUUGCCCGGAAAACUGGACUCAUAAUGGAAAAAGUUGUUACUUUGUGUUUGAACAAUGGAAAAGUUGGAAUACCAGUAAAGAUCAAUGCUUGAAAGAGGAUGCUAAUCUUCUACAAAUAGACAGUCAAGAAGAAAUGGUCUUUGUCACUAGAAGCCUACGGACCAUCAAACAUGAGUUUGGCUACUGGGUGGGGCUAUCUCAGGAAGGACUCAGUCAACCUUGGGUUUGGCAAGAUGGCUCCUCCCCUCCUCAUGACCUGUUGCCAAAACAGAGAUCCCAGUCAGGUGACCUGAUGUGUGGGUACCUCUCAAGAAAUCUCCUUUCUUCUAGUAACUGCACCAACUGGAAAUAUUUUAUUUGUGAGAAGAAUAUGUUUUCUUACUUUUUCUGAAAGAAAUGAUGCUUAAUGCAUGGUCUCUGUUUGGAAAACCUGACAAAAAAAAAACUCUAAUAAGUAGAAAUAAACUCACAAAACUUAUUGCCUGAGCUCAAAAUUUUCAUUUCUUCUUUUUUUUCAUUCAUACUUGAAAGUAUUCUUGAAAUAAAAAUUCAUUUGACAUUGUUAAAAUUGCCAACAAUAAUACUGAUUUAGAGCUACAGAGGACAAACACUGAAGAGCUGAAAACUGAAAUAAUAAUAAGGCAUUUCCAUUGGUUCUUUCUUUUCUUCCUCCUUUCUUCCCUCCCUUUCUCCUUUCUUCCCUUCCUGUUCCCUCUCUCCCUUUCCUUCUAUUUGAGUUUUAUCCAGAGGAACUAAAAACUCCAAACUGAAAUCCAAGUAACUGGGGAGAUGAUGCAGAGACAUUACAUAACGGGUUUUAAAUAAACAAACAAACAUUGUC